AAGUUAGAUGGUUGAUAUGUGGAGUGCUGGUUGUAUUCUUUAUUCAAUGUUAUCUGGAUAAUUACCAUUUAAUGCAGAUUAGUAAUUAAUUUCAGAUUAUAUAGCUUGAAUGAUCUUGUAGAAAAUAUUAAAAUAGCUAAAUAUGAUUUUCCUGAAGAAAUCUUUUCAGAAGUCUCUGCUGAUGCUAAAGAUUUAAUCAAAUUAUUAUUAAAGAAAGAUCCAUAAGAGAGACCACAUCCAGAUUAUGCUCUUAAUCAUCCUUGGUUUAAAGGCAAUGUAGUAAGGAAAACUUUAAGACAUCUAACUAUUAAUAAAAAUAUUAGUCAUCUCUCAUCUAGGAAUUCAAAUAAAUAGAGAUAGAGAACAUUUCUAUUAAAAAAAGAUUGUUAUACAGGUUCAAGUGAUGGAGAAGAUGGAAAUGGUUAUUAUGAUGUUAAGAUUAAAUCAACUAUUAGAAAGAGUUUAUUUUGUUCCAUAAAACCUAUGUAAGAGGAGUAGUCUAAUAUAAAUCAACUCAAAGUUCCUAAUGCAUUGCUUCGUAAAGCUUAUACAACUUAGAUAGAAGAUUUUAAAUAUUAUGAUUAAUAGUGA